AUGAGCUCUACUGAAACUCUUAGUUGCUCUCACCUUGGCGUCUACAAGACGAUAAGCGAGCUGAGCGGCCUUUCCUGCCAUGAUCAACUCCUAUGGUGGCACAGUGUGGCGCCCAUGUUCGCGGAAAUGCUUAACUUGGUCGGGUAUGAUAUUCACUCCCAGUAUAAAAUCCUUGGGAUAUUUUUGAAACACGUCAUCCCCUUUCUCGGUGUCUACCCGACCCGUAUGAAUGACCGAUGGUUCAGCGUCUUGACCCGAUACGGUACACCAUUUGAGCUGAGUUUAAACUGCUCCCACUCCACGGUGCGAUACACAUAUGAGCCGAUCAAUGCCGCCACUGGCUCCCUGAAGGACCCAUUCAACACGCAUGCCAUAUGGGAUGCGCUCGAUCGCCUCGUCCCAUUGCAGAAUGGCAUUGAUUUGGAAUUCUUCAGACAUUUCAAGAAUGAUCUCACCGUCAACGAUCAAGAUGCAGCGUACCUGAUGGAAAGGAAGUUGGUCAGGGGCCAUAUCCGGACCCAAAACAAACUUGCUUUAGAUCUAAAGGGUGGCGAUUUUAUGCUUAAGGUCUACAUUUAUCCCGCCCUCAAGUCUUUAGCUACCGGUAAAUCCAUCCAAGACCUAAUGUUCGAUUCCGUUCAUCGAAUCUGUUGCCGGUAUCCUACACUCACUGCUCCUCUCCGCACACUGGAAGAUUACGUCAAUUCUCGCGGGCCUAGCAGCACUGCCUCUCCCCGGCUCUUCUCCUGUGAUCUCUGUGAUCCACGCCAGUCUCGCAUCAAAAUAUACCUGCUGGAGUUGAACGUUUCCCUGGAGGCAAUGGAGGAUCUGUGGACUUUGGGGGGCAGGCGCAGUGAUAAAUUUACGCUCACUGGGUUGGAAAUGAUCCGUGAGCUCUGGGACUUGAUCCAGCUCCCCACGGGUCUACGCGGAUACCCAGAGCCCUUUCUACAGCUGGGAAGCAUCCCAAAUGAGCAGCUUCCUCUGAUGGCUAACUAUACGCUACACCACGAUGAUCCGAUGCCGGAACCACAGAUCUAUUUUACAACGUUCGGCAUGAACGAUAGUCGAGUGACCGAUGGGCUAGUCGCCUUCUUCGAUCGCCACGGCUACACCCGCAUGGCGCAGACAUACAGGGAUAGUUUGCGUGCGUACUACCCUCACUUGGAUCAUGACACUGUGAACUAUCUGCACGCCUACAUUUCCUUUUCUUACCGCAAAGGGUCCCCUUAUUUGAGCGUCUACCUCCAAAGCUUUGAAACCGGAGACUGGCCAAUCUUGGACUUCGGUGUCCCAGUUUUCAAGCCACUCUCCAAGGACAUGUGUCGCGACCACCCCGUCUCCUUCGAAAUACCUUUGAAAUAG